UAGAAAGUGAGCUCCUGCUCCUCUCCUCUCUCUCUGUGUCGAAAUCUCUUUCCCAUCUACUAAGGAAGAAAAAACUUGACAAUAAAGCUUAUUAGAAUCCAUCCAAGAUCUCACUCACACUCAAACAAAAAACCAAAUGGGCAUCAUCGGACUCCUCAAAUUUGCUCUUUUAAGUAUUGAUUUUCUUGCCUGGCCUGUAAUUGCUCUGGGCUAUCCUCUGUUUUCUACCAUCAGGGCAAUUGAAACUACUUCACAAUAUCACUUGAAGAAGUUGGCCAAAUAUUGGACCCUUUUCGCAUUAAUUUCUCUGUUAGAAUUUGCUUUAGUGAAAAUCAUUGAGUGGAUACCAUUCUGGUCUAGCUUAAAACUCAUAGCUACCUUCUGGUUGGUGGUGCCUAGAUUUCGUGGUGCAUGCCAUGCCUACCGGAGACUUAUAAGUCUAUGCUUGUUAGUGGAUGUUCAUUCAGUUAUCGACAGGUGGUCUGUGGAUCUUCAAGCAGUUAUCGACAGGUUUUAUAAGGCGAAGGAGGAGAAACUGCGUAAGACAGAAGCUUUUGAGGAUGUAGUGGAGAAAUACAUCAAAGAGAAUGGAGCUGAAACUUUGGAAAAGCUUAUAGCAAGCAAGAUACAGUCGGAAAGCAAAGAACCUGAUAAUUCUCAGAGAAAUACCUCAGUUCCAGAACCAGAGGAGAAAAAUGCUGCAGCUACAUUAGAACAGCGGAAAGAACCUGAUGCUGUUCAAAACGAUAACGAAAUGUUACAAGUCAUAGAGAAGACUGCUUCAACUGAGCUGAAAGAACCUGAUGCUUUUCCAAAAGAUAUCAAAACGUCAGAAGCCACAGAGAAGACCGCUUCAACUGAGGCGAAACCGCUUCAGAAUGCAGAGCCAAGUACCAUUGCAUGGACUCCAAAGGAAACAGAUGCAGCAUCUGAGGUUAAAGAGAUGAAGGAAGUGCAGCAAGAGUGGAUCUGUGCUUUAUGCCAGGUGACGGCCACAAGUGAGAAAAUGUUAAACGACCAUCUGGGGGGUAGAAAACACAAGUCCAUGAUUGAGUCCCUGAGAAAAAGCAAGCUCGAUGCAGAAAGCACAGCCUCUUCACCUUCAGCAGCAGGUAAAUCAAGUCGGCGCAGUGCAAAGUCAGUGAAGGGCAAGAGUGAAGUAGGGGAAGGAUCCCAGCAAAAAUCUUGGAAGAAAACAGAAGAAAGAGUUCCGAAUCAGGUGCCUAGUGAUCAGCAGAACCAGGGCAAACCGAAGCAGAAUGGUGCUGCCAAUCAGCAAUUUCACGCAUGGUGUACGGUCUGUCAUGUGAAGUUGCUUAGUGAGAUUGAUUUAGCCUCUCACUUAAGAGGAAAACGGCACACAUCCAAUGUUCAAAACCUUUAAAGGUGUCGAUUCCUAAACAGGCAAGAGAUCACAUGAAUUAAUUGAUGCGUACAGUAAACUGUAAUCAGAGUGAAUGUGGAUUUUGAAAGUAGCAAGAUUGUACCAAGAUGUAAUGCCCUUCCAGCCAUAUGCAGAGUUCGAAGCAGCGGAGUGGAUUGUUUCACAAGGUGGUCUUAACAUAGAUUAAUAUGUUUAUCUGCAUAUGCCAUAAACUGAAAAAUGGAUUCCCUCCAGUUGUUUUGCAUGAGGUCUAAUUAGUUGUGAGAAUCGUGGUCACUUAAAAAUUCCAAGUAAUAAAAUCUAGAAAUUUGGGACAUAUACAUGACUGUAGGGACUGCAAUUGUAAUGUUGUCCAAAACUCAAUAGAUUCAACCGAUCAAAGUUUUGAGUUCA